GCUUGCCAACGGUCAUCUCUUUUUCUAGUUUUCUCGUUUCUGCAAUCCCAGAUACGUUCUCCUCUCCCUUCCUCCGCAUUCCAAAACCAAAUCAGAAAACGAACACGACCAAUUAAAAGGAAAAUUUUUAAUUUUCUUCUUUAAGAGAAAAGAACCGCUAUUGAACACGAGUGAAGGUCACAGAAAUGGAAAGUGCGGAUAAGGGUUUCUCAUCAACGUCUGUCAAACCUUCUGCUACUCCCAAACGCCAAUCAUCUGAUGCAGGCGGGUCCAACGAAAACGAUCAAAACUAUCAGCAAACGGGUCCAAGUUCGCAGAACUUAAAGACGCCAUCGGCAAAGAACUUCAUGUCACCCACAAUUUCUGCGGCUUCUAAGGUUGUCGUUCCAAGAAAGAAGAUCUUGAGUGAAAGAAAUGAAGCUUCGGGUUUGAUUUCAUCUGAUACCCAAGUUCUGAAAACCCGAAAUCUCGAUUCCAAAACUCCUGUAAAUAUGGGCGUCAUUGAUUCUGAUGGGUCUCGUUCUCAGGUCACGCCAUUUGACGAAUUACUGUCUGGGGAUUCUGAGUCAGAUGGUGAUGAAGAGAACGUAUUUGUUCCCAAUUUGUCAUCUGAACCUUACGAUCCUCUGACGAACUACCUUUCCCCAAGGCCCAAGUUCCUCCGCUACAACCCUAAUCGCCGCCGCGAGAUUUUUCUUGCCCAAGAAGUAAAAAUUAUGGGAGGAAAAGACUGGUCGAGUGUAGAUAGAAGUGCUUCUCUAGGCACCGAGAAACCCAUCAUUGAUUAUUCUGAUAUUUCACAAGAAAGUCUUGCAAAACAAGAAGGCGAGGCAAUUGAUGAAGGAUAUGAUGAUGGGGAAGAUGAUGAUGAUGAUGAGGAGGAGGAGAUGGAGGAAGAGGAAGAGGAAGAAGAGACUGAAGAGGAGGAGGAGCAGAGAAGCUGGGGUUUUAAAGUGGUGCUGAAAAAUUUGCUUUGGGUUGCUAUUUUGUUUUUGUCUACUUCAUAUAUAUCUUCUAUGAACUCUCCCACACCUUCGCCCGCUUCACAAGCUGUAGAAUCUCUCAAAGAUGGGUACCAGAAGAUCCAGAACUACAUAUAUGGAGCUUCUUCAAUGAAGAAUUUCGAAGGGGAAAUUGAUUUCCUGCGUCAAAGAGAAGAAUCAGAAAUUGGUGGUUUUGCGAAUCAGCAUGCUCUUUGUGAAGGGAUGGUUGAAGUUGAAAAGGAGGGGGCAGUGGAAAAUACUGGUGGGUUGGUUGUAGCAGUGGAGCUGCAGGAAGGAGGACAUGAAGACGUUAGUAAUCAUGAAAGGGAGAAGAAGCCAGAGGAAGUAUCUGACCAAAUGGCUGAGGAAGAGGAUCAUGAGUUGGAAGGGAUAGAAACUGGUGGGUUGGCUGAAGCAGUGGAGCUGCAGGAAGGAGAACAUGAAGGCGUUUGUAAUCAUGAAAGGGAGAAGCCAGAGGAAGUAUCUGACCAAAUGGCUGAGGAAGAGGAUCAUGAGUUGGAAGGGAUAGAAACUGGUGGGUUGGUAGAAGCAGUGGAGCUGCAGGAAGGAGAACAUGAAGACGUUUCUAAUCAUGAAAGGGAGAAGCCAGAGGAGGUAUCUGCUGAUCAAAUGGCAGGGGAAGAGGAUCAUGAGUUGGAAGGGACAGAAACUGAAGCAAAAUCUGAUUCUUUACUAGAUCAUCUGAGUUCCAACUCUGAGUGGGUGGAUCAUCAUCAUGAGACAAUCUCAUACUAUGGUUCAAACUCCAACGAUGAAGUUGAGCCAUUUGACGCUAUUUCUGAUGAGGGAGCUGGGAAAGUGGCUGAUGAUGAAGUUGAUCUGGCAGUGGAGAUGGACAAUGAUAAUGCUGACUUCAAUCCUGAAACAAGAGGGGUUAUGGAACAUGUGGGAGCUGCUGAAUCAUUUACCAAAACUGUGUUUGGAAUUUCUACAGUUUCUGCUACUGUGUUGUCUGUGGCUUUGGGAUUAUAUUUUCGGCAUCGAAAAACAUCUGGAAAGGUGUUUUCUUCACCAAUUGUAGAACCGAGUACUGAAACGUUGGUAGCAGCCAAAAGCAGACUAGUAGUGCCCAUUGAGAGAGAAUUGAAUUCUAAUAAAGAUGCUCUGGUGAAUCAUUCGUCUUUGGUUCAUUCAAUGGAAGAUGCUCCGGAAGAAUCUUACCAAAGCCGUGCCCCAACAGUUGAGCUUCUAGGGGAGUUUGUGAUCGGAGAAGAGUUUGCAAUAAGUAGCUCCCUUAGGAGUUGUGACAUGAAAAAGAAGGUGGAAGCUGAGGAAAGCAUUCUUUCUGUUUCUCAAGAGAAGAGUUCGCGGAGCAAAGCCCGCUUGGUUCCUGUGCACACGCAGAAGUCUCCUUCGGGGUUCUCUAGCAUGGAUUCAUAUGGAAGCCUUACUCCUCAGAAAGAGAGAGUGAAGAAAGAGGAGAGCAGGGACGGAGAAAGCCCGGUGGUUGCAACUCCUGUAAGGCGAUCAAGCAGACUUCGCAAUCGUGCAAUGUCCCCGUGAAUAUCCAUGAAUUUAACUGUUUCUUCUUUACUGCACGAAUUGAAACAGCGAUCUCGGUUGUUUCAUUCUUCAUCUUUCUUCCACUAACUCUAUCAUUGGGAAGAAUGGCCAGCAAUGUGGCUGGCUGGGUUGUAGCGAUUAUCUAGAUUCAACAUGUAGGAUCUGAACACAUUUUAUGUUUUUAUUUUGCAUUUAAGUUGAAAGCAAUUGCUGAAUUGUUGAUAAUUUUAAUUUGCCUGCGGGUUGUUUCCAA